AUGUUAAUCAACUUAUCCCGACAUGCGUUAGGCUUCACAUUUCGAAAAGAACUCACUCAAGCAAUAAGUUGGGUUCCUUCAAGUAGUGCUUUUUCUCGGAAAUAUCAUAUCGGUGGGCGAGGAAGAUCGUUCGCAAAAAGAAGAGACAGCAGAAAUGCCAAAUAUGACGAUAGAGAGGCCAGGGGUCGAGAUGACGGCUCACUAUUAAAACAACUUAGAUCAGUAGAGGUUAUCAGACCACCCGAAGAAGACUUUGAAAACGUCACGCUUGAACUGCUGAAAGAGGAGAAACUCAUCGAUAACGCUCUGCAUAAAGCAGUUAGCAGGAUGAACUUCCCAAGUUUGACUCCUGUACAGCAAAAAACCAUCAAACCGGUACUGCAGUCGGAGAAUGAUGUGAUUGCCAGGGCUAAGACAGGUACUGGCAAAACGCUAGCAUUUUUGAUGCCAAUUAUUCAACAUCUCAUCAAUCAUAGGAAAGAAUCACCUUACAUGGUCAAAUGUGUUAUAAUUUCUCCAACGCGAGAUCUAGCGCUACAAAUAGAAUCCGAAUAUAAGAAGAUUCAAGACAAAAAUUACGGUUUGAGCAAAUUUAAGUCAAUGGCCUUGAUUGGAGGAACGAAUUUUGAUGCUUCAAUGCGUAAGAUGUUCACACUUAGACCCAACAUAAUUGUCGCCACCCCUGGGCGGCUCAAUGACGUCCUAUCAAAAUUCUCACAUAAGUUUUUCCGAAGUGUUGACUUCAAAGUCUUGGAUGAGGCUGACAGACUACUUGAAAUUGGAUUUGAGGACGAGGUCAAGCAAAUAUCUAACACGCUGAACGAGAUCAACAACGAAGGACCUCAGCAUAUCCGCACUCUGUUUUUUUCAGCCACGUUAGGCGAUAAUGUCCAAGGUUUGGCUGAAGGCGUUAUGAAUCGCGAGAAAUGCUUAUUCUUAGACACCAUCGAUAAAAACGAGCCCGAAGCUCAUGAAAAAGUCGCGCAGAAGUUAGUAAUCUGCCAGACAUUUGCAGAGAAUGUGGAAGCACCAAUCAAUCACGUUAAACAGCGGCUAUCACAAGAUGAUAAUUAUAAAGCAAUUAUUUUCGUGCCUACAGUCAGUUUCACAAGCUUCUACUGCAAUUUACUCAAGCGACUAUUUCCUUCUUUCCCCAUCUUUGAAUUCCACGGCAAGAUUGACCAGAAGAAGAGAACAAGACUUGUGCAAGAAUUCAAAAAAUUAAGAAGAGGACUCUUUGUUUGCACGGAUGUGGGCGCUCGUGGGCUUGAUUUCCCCGGUGUUGAGGAAGUUCUGCAAGUGGGUGUCCCGUCAGAACUCUCGAACUAUGUUCAUCGUAUUGGAAGGACGGCCCGGGCUGGAAAAGAGGGCAAAGCAACUUCGUUCUUGUUUAAAGAAGAAUUGCCCUUUGUUGACCUCCUCUCCAGUGCAAGAAAAAUAUUCAUCAAAGAUCAAAGUGAAUACAUUGAAGAUCCCGUUCUUAGCGAAGAGGUCACUGAAGGGAUGCAAUCGUCAGAGGAAUUGAGCAAUAGUCUUCAAUCGCUAUUGUCAUUCUACAGGGCUAAUGGAUCCUCAUACCAUUUCAACAACGUUAGAAUUGCGCGUCAAAUUGCAAGCUCUUAUGGCCAGCUUCUCAAAGAUUCAGAUUUGAAGAUUAGAUGUACCGAACAUGAUGCAAAUUUGAGGUUCGGAAUUCGUGGGAGACUUGCUCAUGAGCUUUUUGACUUAGGAACAAGACGCAACUACGAUGAUUUUUACGAAAAAACUCCUCGUAAUUCUCGAGCGACGCAUCGCAGCUCAAGAGCCUCCCGCAGCCAUAAAUUCGAUGAGCGGAAUUUUGACAAACGUGACAGAAGGAGAAGUGAAGAUUUUAAGGAAAGGUUCAACAAGAUCGGCGAAAGAACAAAUUUCAGAGUUGACAAAAGCUUAUGA